AUGCCAGCCAUCCUCCUAGGUGACUGGGACACGCGCCCGUAUCCGGAGCUGGGAAGGUGCUGGUCUCUGUCACGCCCACUUAAGGUACCACGUUUCAGGAAGGGCAUUGACAAACUGAGUCGUGCCCAGAGGAGGGAAUCGAAACAGUUCGAGGAGGCUCACCUGCCGGAAAAUGAAGCUAAGAAUAUUUGCGCUACUCCUUCCAUGGCCUUAUUCUCCAUGGAGGCAGGGGGUGCACCUCAUGUCCAGAAUGGCCCUUUGGACACUAGAACUGGAGAUGGAGCCAUGCCCCCCACCAGCCAGCCUGUGAGUAGAGCCCCAACCUGUGCCCAUUGUUGCAACCAUGGUGUCACUGCAGCUGUUAAGGGCCACAAGCACCUGUGCCUCUUCCAGGAAUGUGAAUGUCACAAAUGCAUCCUCAUCUUGGAACGAAGGCGUGUCAUGGCUGCCCAAGUGGCCCUUCGGAGGCAGCAGGAGGCCCAACUGAAAAAACACCUGAGCCAGGGCCUGCUGAGAAAUGGGGUAGCUCCCCCGAAGAUUGCCAACUGUGGAAAAUGGGGGCCUGCCCACCCACAGGCACUUGCUGGGAAGGAGAAUAUGGGCCCCCAGCCUGAGGGGCCCCUCCAAGGAGCUCCCCAGACUCUGCUGACACCCCUUGAAAAGGAUAGCACCCCCCGGACCUUGCUGCUAAGUGGGCCAUUGGAUGCCGUGCCACUGUCUUGGCACACUGGGCCCUGGCACCCUGGGCCCUGGCUUUCCCCCAUCCUGUCAGUGUUCCCCCCACUUUGGUGUCAUCUGCUGUACCGGGAGCCUGGCAUCGCCCUGCACCCAUUCCCCGCUGAGAAAGUGGGAACUGGGGUGGGCUUUGACUUGGGCUCCUCCCUCCACUUGACCAACCACGGAGCCCUCCCAGUCUUCCCAGGACAGUGCCAGCUACUGAUGGCCCCCAUGACUGGGGAAGCCUCCAGGCUUCCCAGCCUGGCCCAGCCAUGCUCAGCGUUGAUUCUUGAGCCCUGUGGCCUCCCAGAACCCCUGCUGCUGCAGCCCCAGGCCCCAGGGGCCUCUACCCUGGCCUGGGCAUCAGCCUCAGAAGAGCACCGGCUGCAGCGGGAAGCCGCCGAGGCUUUGGUGGGCCUCAGGGACUCCUCGAAUUCCCCUCAGAAUCUGCUGCCUCCUGCUGGUCCCCUCACCCCUGCCCAGGGGUCCUUGCUCCACCCUGGCAGCCCCUCAGACCCCGCUACCCCAAAGGAAGGCAAGGAAGCUCAGGGCGAAGGGUCCUCGCUGCAGCCCAGCCCAGCCCCCUCGGUGGCCCUGCACCUUGGCCACAUCGGCUCCAUCUCCCUGCUGGGCUGA